AUGCCUCUAUUGCAAAUUGCCUCUACUAAAGCACCAGGCAGUGGUCUUCCGGUGGUUCUAAUUGAUUCGACGGCCGUAGCGCCGGGCGAGCUCCCCUCGGAAUCGCUAAUUCUCGAUGCAGUGAGCUGGCUACCCCAGACCGACCAUAUCGUUAUUUUCUUUGCUAGUGGUGCUCCUAAAACCCCUAAUAUGCCCUGGCUGCUGAAAUCGUAUCGCCUGCUAUCCCGCGAGGCCAAGAAAAGAAUACAAAGAGUGUUUAUGGUCCACGAGCGGUGGUGGGUCAAGACGUUCACGUCGUUACUUGGGAAUGUUGUUUCGCCCAAAUUCCAGCGAAAACUUGUGCAUAUUCCUAAUUUGAGCGAAUUGGCGAAACACAUCGACAUCACUGUGCUGAACAUCAGUCCCGCGGUGUACCUUUACGACCACUCCGUUCAGGAGAUAAUCUCUGUACCCAAGCAUAUCGAGCCGGUGUUUGGUCUAUCGAUCGAUCAUCCUCGUGGUAAUAUGGUUUAUGAUCAUUGUAUCCGAUAUUUGCACAGUGUCGAACCUCGCGAAUUCCUCGACGAUUCGUUCAAAUCAACCAAGGGGUCUCCGCUCUCUCAAAUUUUGAUCCAAGCAGUCGCCAGAGGCCAGAUGCUGAACUUGCAGGACUACGGGCCCCGAGUGGUUAUAUCGCUGGUCAAGUACUACUGGCUAGAACUCCGCCGGCCUAUUCUGAGCCGCGGACUGCUUGCGGACCACGCCGAAAACCACCAGCGGGCAUUACGGGAGCUCCCGUCGACCAACCACGCCGCUUUAGCCAAGUGCGUUGACUGGCUGCACCAAUUACACAGAAGCGGGUUCGAGACUCAGCUCAUUGUGACUGAAAUUCUGCCCUUCCUCACGCAAAACCUCGACAGUGAGCCCGAGUUCCACGAGCUGCAGUUUUUGCAUGUUUUGAUCGAAGAUUGGCCCCGGAUUUCUCAGCCUGACCUGGCAAACCAAGCAUUGCCCUCCCUUCCUCCUCGUCCCAUCACACCUCCGCCCCGAAACUCAAGUUGGACCCGGUCUAGGUCCUUGUCGCCCCAACGAGGCAAGGCGCUGCAAGAGCUGCCGCUGCCCAAUGCCAAUCGAGUACUGCGGCCCAAAACCAGCCUGGCCAAUAUAAGAGGCCCCAAGAUUGCAGAGAUUGUUAAAACUUACGAAGAGCGACUGGACGAUAUGGGUUACUAG